AUGGCAGUGGUAGACCUCCCAGGGCUUCCGGAGGAACACUGCCUUCACGGUCUCCCCAAGAGCGGCCGUCCUGCCAGGUCCAAGGCCCCAGACAAGCCCAAGAAGGCCCACUCGCGCAAGAAGCUCCAGGUGAUCGUCUGUGUGCUGCUAGUGGAGCUUUGUGAGCGGUUCACCUUCUUCGGGAUCGUCUGCAACAUGAUCCUCUUUUGCACCGUCAAGUUGGGCUACGACAACCAUCAGGCUGCCACUGUCAACCUGGCCUUUGUGGGGGCCAGCACCUUCACACCCGUUCUGGUGGGCUGGUUCGCAGAGACAUACUUGGGGAGGACCAAAGUCCUGUAUUUGUGUGCUCUCCUCCAUUUCUUCGGCACUGCCAUGCUGCCUGUGGUGGCAUUCCCCUUCGAGGACUUCUACAUCGACACCCACCACAUCAUGCACAUGCUGGACCGGCGAGAGCAGCAGAUCCUCUUCUACACAGGGCUGCUGGCGGCCGCACUGGGCAUCGGGGGUAUCCGUGCCAUCCUCUGCCCCCUGGGCGCCUACAGCCUGCAGGGCUAUGACCAGCACCAGCUCCUGUCCUUCUUCAACUGGUUCUACUGGCUGGUGAAUCUGAACUCAACCAUAGUGUUCUUGGGGAUCGCCUACAUCCAGCAGUCUGUGGCCAAAAACCUGGGCUUCCUCAUCCCUUUCACCUCUGUUCUGCUGGCCCUCAUCGCCAUCCACAUGGUGCGCAACAACCUCAUCUUUCGCCCCAAGAAAGGUGGCUCCCUGCUGACCACCUUGGGCGUGUUCCUGAACUCCCUGAAGAUGUGCUGCAUGCGGUACCGCCACCUGAGCGGUGAUGUCACCAGCUGGCUGGACCGCGCCAAGGAGAACAACGGGGGGCGGUACAGCGAGGCGCACGUGGAAAAUGUCAAAGUCUUGGCCCGGCUGUUCCCUCUCUUUGCCCUGCAGCUGCUGUACCGUGCUUGUGUCACCCAGAUUCCUUCAGGUUACUACAUCCAGACCAUGAAUUCGAACCUGAACCUGAACGGCUUCCUGCUGCCCAUCGCCGCCAUGAAUGUGAUCAGCAUCCUGCCCCUGCUGGUGCUGGCCCCGCUGCUGCAGUGCGGGGCGGCCUGCUCGCUGUCCCUGCAGAGGAACCCCCUGUCCCCCACCACUCUCAUAGUCGCAGGCCACGCGUGCGCGGCGCUGUCUGUCCUGGCCGCAGGCCUCUCCGAGGUCCACAGGAAGGGCUACCCGCUGGUGGAGCAGGCUCUCUCAGGGAAGGUGCUGCGUGUCUCCUCCAUGGCCUGCUUCCAGCUGACGCCCCAGUACAUCCUGCUGGGCAUGGCUGAGGCCCUGGUCACCCCGGCCUGCUCGCUGCUCUCUUACCGCCUGGCCCCCGGCAGCGUGCGUGCCAUCUCCCUGCACUUCCUCACCCUCUCCUAUGGGGGCGGCUGCUUCCUGGGGGCGCUCAUUAUCCAGCUGGUCUACCUGCUCUCUGGAGGAAGCUUUUAUCCAAACAGUUUGAGUGACGGAAACUUGGAGAGAUUCUUCUUCCUGCUGGCUACAUUAAUGGCUGUGAAUACACUGGUCUUCUGGAGGAUAUCCUACAGAUACACUGACCUCAGUGUGGAGCUUGGCCACGGAGUGAAGAGCCAACUGGCAGAGAAACUCCUCCAGCACAAGAAAUGUCUGCGCUUCUACGACACUGUGGAACGCUCCUAUACCCUGGCCUCCAUGGAGACCGUCCUGUGACCAACCCCCGCUCC